UACGUGGGUGUACGUCAACGUCUGGGUCACGAUUAGAUGAGAGCCGUGGUAGGAGGAAGUGAAAACCGAGAGAGAAGAACCUGACGAGAAGCAGCUCGACUCUCACUGUACCUCUUCUUACCUUCCAGCUAAUUCCCCCGAAGAAAAACAUGGCUCAAGCAGACAUUGCACUGAUUGGGUUGGCUGUCAUGGGCCAGAACCUCAUAAUGAACAUGAACGACCAUGGCUUUGUGGUCUGCGCCUACAACAGAACCGUGUCCAAGGUGCAUGACUUUUUGCAGAACGAGGCCAAGGGCUCAAAGGUGAUUGGAGCCGAGUCCCUGGAGGACAUGGUGUCCAAGCUGAAGAAGCCCAGGAGGAUCAUCCUGCUGGUCAAGGCUGGGCAGGCUGUGGAUGACUUCAUUGAUAAACUGGUUCCCCUUUUAGAAGCUGGAGACAUCAUUAUCGAUGGAGGCAACUCCGAGUACAGAGACACAACGCGGCGGUGUAAGAGUCUGAAAGAAAAGGGCUUGCUGUUCGUUGGGAGUGGAGUGAGUGGUGGAGAGGAGGGAGCUCGUUAUGGACCCUCGCUCAUGCCAGGGGGACACAAAGAGGCUUGGCCACACAUUAAAGACAUCUUCCAGAGCAUUGCUGCUAAGGUUGGGACAGGAGAGCCUUGCUGUGAUUGGGUUGGAGACGAGGGUGCAGGUCAUUUUGUAAAAAUGGUCCACAAUGGCAUCGAGUACGGAGACAUGCAGCUGAUCUGUGAGGCCUACCACCUGAUGAAGGAUGUCCUGGGCAUGGACCAUGAUGAGAUGGCACAGGCAUUCGACAGCUGGAACAAGACAGAGCUGGACUCCUUCCUGAUCGAGAUCACGGCCAACAUCCUUAAAUACAAGGACGCCGAUGGGAAGCACCUGUUGCCCAAAAUCCGUGACAGCGCAGGACAGAAAGGCACAGGGAAAUGGACGGCCAUUUCAGCCCUCGAGUACGGCACACCUGUCACUUUGAUCGGGGAGGCCGUCUUUGCCAGAUGCCUGUCCUCUCUGAAGGAUGAGAGGGUGCGGGCCAGCCGCAGCCUCUCCGGACCCCAGGGGGUCAAAUUCAGCGGCAACAAGGCAGCUUUCCUGGAGGACAUUAGAAAGGCUCUCUAUGCCUCCAAGAUCAUUUCAUACGCUCAGGGCUUCAUGCUGCUGCGGCAGGCAGCCACUGAGUUCGGCUGGUCGCUCAACUACGGCGCCAUCGCCCUGAUGUGGAGAGGAGGCUGCAUCAUCCGAAGCGUUUUCCUCGGCAAAAUCAAAGAGGCGUUUGACCGCGACGCUGGCCUGCAGAACUUGCUGCUGGACAAUUUCUUUAGCAACGCUGUGCAAGACUGUCAGGAGUCGUGGCGCAGAACGGUCAGCGUUGGCGUCCAGCACGGCAUCCCAAUGCCCUGCUUCACCACGGCUCUGUCCUUCUAUGACGGAUACAGACACGACAUGCUGCCUGCGAACCUGCUCCAGGCCCAGAGGGAUUAUUUUGGAGCUCACACAUAUGAGCUGCUUUCAAACCCCGGUCAUUUUAUCCACACCAACUGGACGGGCCACGGCGGAAAUGUCUCCUCUUCUUCCUACAACGCUUGACAACCAUCCUCACCUGGUUCAAAACCACAAAUAAGAUGUUAUGGUUGAGUAAAACAGGAUGUUGCUUGGAAAAGAAGACCCCAUAACCAACCUCAACAGCCAGCUUCAUCCAGACUUUUACUCUUCAGAAACCUCUUGCAGUUUUAUUUAUCAGAAAGCGGGACCAUAGAUGAUGUGUUGCCUUUCUAGUUCUGUUGUAUAAACAAUCACAAGAGAGUCCCAGAGUCCACACUGGAUUAAGGUGAAGCGUUGUACUGAUCUGUUAAAGGUUAAAUAAAGAUCUCAAUCCCUUUUAUAAUUA